UGGAUUCAGAUCUACGAACAUCAUUUUCACUCAUCCAAUUUCGCUUGCAUUGAGUAUAAUAAACAAAAUCAAAGAAGAAGAACAACAGUGGGAAUUAGGGAGAUGAAUACUUUCAGUGCAGAAGAUCUGUCAACAAUUGGAGGCAUAGCCACCGUUUCACUUCUUCAUUCCUUCAUCCCUACGCAUUGGCUUCCUUUCUCCAUAGUUGGUCGCGCUCAGAAAUGGACUCUUUCCAGAACCCUUUUCGUCACUGCUUUUGGAGCAGUUUUGCAUGUGAUAUCCACUUCACUUCUUGGAAUAACUGCAAUCACCAUGGCAAACACUAUUGCUGGUGAAGAAACAGUGCAUAAACUAGCUUCACUUCUGCUUGUAGUUCUUGGUGGUAGCUAUGUCUUGUUGUUUGUGUCUGGCAAGGGUGGCCACAAUCAUUCUCACAACCAGCCAAUGGAAAAAAUGGCUGUUGCUGGGCUUGUUCUUGUCCCAGCAUUAUCUCCUUGUGCAACCACACUCCCAGUGUUUCUUGCUGUUGGGAAUUCAUCCUCCAUGAUGGUACUUGCCAUCAUAGUGCUUCUAUUCAGUACAAUAACGGUAAUGACCUCACUGGUGGCUCUAUCAUUUUAUGGUGCAAGCCAGUUGAAAUUUCAUUGGGUGGAGAGGUAUGACAAACUUCUUGUAGGAUCAGUUCUUUGCUUGGUUGGAAUCUUGACUCUUGUUUUUCAUGACCAUGAUCAUGGUCACGGAGCUUCUAUUGGAGAGAAUUUAAAUAGGAAACUUAUUGCUUUUUAAGAGGUUGCAAUUGCAAGUAGUGUUUGUUACCAUACAUAAAUUCCUACAUGUAACUGUGAAUCAGAGAUCACUUAAUGUGAGCAGUUUCCUUGAUUUGAGGGAUUUGUUUGCUUUUA